UAUAUUAUAGGAGGCGUUGGUUUGCCGAAUUGUGUUUUGUUUUGGAGUUGCGACGGAUGUCUGUUAUCUAGCGAUGUCGGCCUACACGCAGAUACUGGAAAAUAAACUUAAGGAGCUAGCUAAAAGCGGAUCAGCGGUCGCCAAGCAGGAGCUUCUGAUCCAGCAGAAGAAGCGCGAGAUCGAGGCCAAGCUUGCGCAGAAAGCCCAGCAGCAGUCGCCCGGCGUAAGCCUAAAAGUAAAAGCACCUCCAAAAACGCAGGCAGUGCAGCAAAAAUCGCGAUUUGACGCGCCUCCUCCAUCCGAUGCUGCGCAAGCAAAGGUCAACAACUUCAAGAAUGACGGCAGUUUUCUGGAACACUUUCGCCGUAUGCAAAAUUUGAAAGCCAGUGGAGUCCAGUCAAAAGCACAACCGUCGCAAGUUUCAGGAAGUUCUUCACCUCAAGAAUCUAGUGGACAACGACCAAAAACGGAACCGCCUGAAAACGGAGCUGGAACAUCGCAGUCGGCUGGCUUAGUCAUAAAGCUGCAGGCCCCACAGCCAAUCAAAACUCUCCUACCAUCGGCAGUGGCAGAAAAAUUGAAAGGUGAUGAUGAUGACGACGAAGAGGAAGCUACACCCCUCAAAGUUUCUUCUCCAGAAGGCAAGGCUGUCCAGGGAGCCAUUGAGCGGGUUGCCAUCUGUGUGGCCAUCAACGGCCAGUCAGCUGAGGAGGCAGCCAGGGUGGCCCAUACUGAUGACCCGGCCUAUGAAUUUCUACGAAACAAGGACGGAGAGGAGUACCGUCGCUUUCAGGAGCGGGUCCAGGCCCUCUCGGCGGCCAAGCAACGAGCAGAGGAGUCGGGUGCUUUGCCUCCCUCCAGCCGCAUCGGUGCGAAGUCCCAGCAGCAGAAUCAACAGCAAGGGGCUGCGAACGAGACGGGACGAAAAAGAAAGCGCCAUAGCAGAUGGGAUCCAAAGCCAUCUCCUGAAAGUUCGUCUGACUACCUGGACUUCGACGCACCCAAUGAAGUGCCGGAGUUUGUUAAAUCUGAUCCUGGGUUGAUUGCUUAUGCAAAGCAGGUCUUCAAUUCUACCGACUUGACAUUUGACCAGUGGAAACAGCUAGAAGAUCAGCGCAAAAUGCGAGCCCUGUUCGAGAUGAUGCAGGCCAAGAAACGAGCCGAUGAGGCGCGUGCUCGUGCUGGUAAAGUGAAGUACGAGUACGACUCGGAUGAGGAGACAGAUGGUGGCACCUGGGAGCACAAGAAGCGAGCCAUGGAGAUGGAAAAGACUAGAGCCUGGGCUGAUGAGCUGACGCUGUUGGGCAAGGGCAAGCACCACAUUGGCGACUUCCUGCCACCCGAAGAGUUGGAGAAGUUCAUGGAGAAGUAUGAUGCACUAAAGGAAGGCCGCACACCUGAUCUCUCCGACUACAAAGAGUUCAAACUGACCGAGGAGAAUGUUGGGUACCAGAUGCUCCAGAAGUUGGGAUGGACUGAAGGCCAGGGACUGGGUGCUGAUGGUGGAGGCAUCGUCGCACCCGUCAACAAGGGCCUGCAGCCUGUUGAAAAUGCUGGUCUGGGUCAGGGUCGACCUGAUGAUGUCAAGGCUAGUGAUGACGAGUACGAGGCUUACCGGAAGCGAAUGAUGCUGGCCUACAGGUUCCGUCCAAACCCUUUGAAUAACCCAAGACGGCCAUAUUACUGAGACAUCAAGCCUAGCACAGAAGUUGAAGCCAUGGUUUGUUCCUGUACAUAAUUACAAGCUUUGCCCAAAUAAAGAUGCUAUGCUCACA